AUGUACGGCUCGCAGAACUAUCAGCAGCCUCCAUGGCAGCAGCAGCCGCCUCUUCCUCCUCCUCCGCCUCUCCCACCAGCUGGUGACCACUCAAACAAAUGGCAUGGAGGUGACCAGUCACAGCAUGUACAGCCUCAAUCAACGUACAACCCGAACACAUAUGGACCUAUGUCGGGAACUCCUUCGAUCGACCAUGCUCAGCAAGAUACGUCGCGGUGGGGGGUUCGAUAUAACCAACAGUUCGGCCACCAGCAUCAGCCAAGUGUCCAUGACCAGCACAACGCACCGCCGCCGUUGCCACCCUGUCCAUCCAGCGCAUUUGAAUUCUCCCAAGCACAGGCUCAGAACGCUCCCCAGCAGCAACAGCAGCAACAGCAAUGGCAACAGCCUGUCCAAACAAGUCAGCCAUAUUAUCCCCCCAGCCAUGGGGUAACGGCCCCUGAAUAUCCGCCAGUGGCACCACCGCCUCCUCCACAAUCAUGGCAGCAGCAGCCACCGCCUGCAGAUCACACCAGCUAUGUUGCCAACCAAAAUGCUCCACCACAACCACCACCGCUACCACUGGCAUACCAAGCAGAGAUUCAGCGUCCUGCUUCUGAAUGGCCAACUGCACCAGUCUAUUCACAACAUCCCCCAACCCACCGAUACGACCCAGUCUCGCAGCAGCAGCAGCAGCAGCAACCACAUCAAGCCCCAUACCAGCAUGAUCAACAUCAAUACCAGCAGCAGCAACCGCAGCAGCCACCAUAUCAACAUGAUCAGCAAGAGCAACAGCAACAACAAUAUCAAUACCCACCCCCAGAAACCCAGCAGCAACAGCAGCAGCAGCCAGUUGUGUCACCUCCUGCACCUCCCGUAGCCCAAAAUGCCGAUAAUUCAGGAAACAGCGGCUAUUUCCAGCCUGCGUCUGGAGAGACACGAAACCAUCUUCAUAGCCCUCCUCCAGAUGGGAAUCUGCAGCAGCCACUUCCCCCCACAUCACAGCCACUGGAAGCUCAGACUCCUGCAGCUUCGCUUGCUCCUGCUAUUUCUCCACUUGCUGCGCAGGCAACGGUCGCUACCAGCACCCCACCCCCUGCCACCACAGCAGCAGCUUCUAGUGCGACCCCCACAGCAAGCACUGGCGCAUCAGCCCUCGGAUUUGGGGGUCCUUCCGAUUGGGAGCAUUUUAACUCUACGGGAGAAGAGGUAGAUGAUACGGCUGAAUUCGGUGCUAGAACAAAAUCCCCUAUAAACAAGGCAAAUACAUUCGAACUGCCAUCGGAUCCAUCUCCCCAAGCUCCAGUGACUAGCUCUCAGGCAAUUUCACAGCAACCAGCCAGCGUGACUUCGGGACAAGUAUCGCCUGAGCAACCGUCACGAUCAGGCUCACAUGUAAUUUCUCCAGUUGAUGCAUCGAACCAACCUGCCAAAAAUCAAAGUGGAAGUAUAUCUGGUCGUCUCGAUAGCGUCAGCUCUAUCGAGUCAAACACACCCGUUGAUUCUAAGGCCAUUGACGGCGUCAUUGAAGCAUGGUCACAGCCAGUCAUAUCUAGUAGCCAGCAUUCUAGCUACUCGGAUGCAAAGCCUCACCAACGUUCAAACACGGUUUCAACAUUCGAUUACCCCCGAGUGACAACCCCAGUAUCCCACAUCCAUGCUUCCCCUCAGCAGAGCCCCAUGCGCACGGCCUCGAGGGCCGAUGUUCGACCAAUACAGUCAAUCGUAACAAUUUCUGACCCUUAUGAAGAUCUUGAUCCAUGGUAUGAAUCGUCCUUGACGCGGUAUGUGACCAUGCUCCGUAAGGAAAUGGAAACAGAGUCAGAAGAGGAAAAGUAUAAGCUUUUCUCAGCCUUUAUGCAUAAGGAGUCAAAACUACGUGCAAUCUUGUAUAACGUGGAAAAUGUUCUGGAUCAACAGCCUUCAGCGAAGCCCGAGCCCGCACCUGCGCCAAACCCCGUUGCCGCGUCAAGCUCGAUGGCGAAAGACGCACCAGCACCAGCACCAUCGCAGGAGGUACCCUCGAAAAUAUCUAUUCCCGACCCUCCAACCCCUGGUGAACAGGAUGAUGUAAUCUCUUAUAGUCCCGGUGGGCUACCACGACUCGCUUCUGCGCUCACUAACCAGAAGAAAAAUAAUUCUGUCUCAGAUGGGCUACAUCGAUCUGCCUCUAACCCGACUCGACCACAGCCAACAGCAGGAGCUGCCAGUAAUCAAAUAUCAAACCCAAAUUUGGGCUUAUCUGCUCAUCCAAACCCAUCUCGAUCGGUUUCUGUUCCCCCAGAGUCUGCUGUUAGGCCAAGUACUAACACACCUCCGUUCACGGUUGAGCCACCACAUGCAGUCUACACGCCUUUCCGCUAUAACGAAAACUCGCAGAAAACGUCUCAAUCCACAGCCGUGAGUCGUCCAGCUUACCAGGGAUACUCAGCCUUGCGCCUAGCGUCAGUGGAAAGUGGCCGUGUGAUGGCUCAGCCAUCCUUACAGACCCCACCAGCAUUCCCUUCGGAACGUUCAGUAUCACGGGCUGAGCAUGACGAAACAUUCUUAGGCCUGAUUAGAGAGAAGAGUGUGGCUUACCGCAGCCACCGGCCCGGAACUAGCUUGUCAAACAGACCAGCUUUACCGAAGAAAGGUUCACCAACCAUAACCUUCGAGGAACUACAAGCUUUGGUUCCUGGCCCGCCGCCUCGACUAGAAAGCAGCUCGCGUGUCGCUAUUAUCGGCGAUGAAAUCGAGCAUUUCCCCGAGGACUUCACCUUUAUUGAGAAAACUCAUGAAGCCUGGGAUAAUAGCGCUACCGGGCGCCAGGCGCAAGUCAACGCCCAGCGUCAAGCUCGCCAGGAAGAGUCAGAAACCCACAUUGACUCACUCUUCAAUGAUAAGGAGAUUGGAUACUCUGACAUCAACGUGCUAGAGGAUGAGUUCAAGCAGACCGAGGCGCAAAUACAGCUUAAUGAGGAGCGAAAAGAGUUUGACAAGUAUGUGGAGAUUGUGUUUAGUCGCGUUGACGAGAGACUCGCAUCGGAAAUCAAGCGCCUGCAACAUCUCUAUAAUGAGACAAGUGAGCUUUUGCAGCCCGGGGGAGGAAAGCCUUCAGCAUUAGGAAAAUUCGAGCUCUCACAUGCUAUGCGUAAUGCAGUGGAUAUUUUCCAAAAGCUCGAGCUCAGGCACGCUAAGCGUGUAGCUGCUGUUCUUGAGCGAGAACGACGGAGGAAAAAGGCUGAGCGCCGCUACUACGUUUUCCUGGGUGAAACUGCAGCACUGAAGCAAAUGGAGAAGGAAUUCACUGCAUUGGAGCAGAAGACGCUCCUAGAUGCUGCCAAGGCCCGAGACGAGCGAACAAAUAAGCUGAUGGAUAUAUUUGACGACACCAGCAUGCGUGGGAUUGGUGAGAACCAGCGACUACUGGAUGACAUCUCAGCCAAAAUUAACAAAUUUGACACGGACCUUAUCCGCUCGACCCCUAGUAUUGUCCCCACUGGCGGCGUCAAAACAUUGCAAAACACACUGGCGUUUGUGAAAUUCCUCGGCGCCAAUUCAGAGUCCGUGCUGGAAAGCUUUGGCGUCGCGGAUAGAUUGUUGAAUAAUGCGGACUACGACGUCUCUGUGGCCGAAGCCAAGGUCGCAGACUCCAGUGCCGAUAUAUUCCGCCGCCUGGAAGAGGAGAAAAAGAAAGAGGAUAAGAAGAUUGAAGAUGAUUUGCAGUCGAGAAUGUCUAGUAUCCGAACUAGCCAUCGCGCUAUCAUCAUGAACAUCGAGGAGGUUCUUGAGUGUGUCGAGCAAGCUGUUGCUUCUAGUGAGGGCUCUGGCGCGGGAGCAUCCUUGACACCCCCUUCGGGUCCCAGCUCUCGGCCGCAAACAACGUCUUCUCCCGGUGGUAUAGGCUCAUCUAAUACCCCUCCUGCAUUGGGAGUUGGCGUACCAACACCCCACGCAGCAAAUACAUUAACAGCAGAGGAGCAGCAACAAGAAAGAUUGAAGAAGGCAUUAGAAGAGGCAAAGAGAAGGAAUGCAGAGAAGGGCCAUGUUUGA